GCGCCGCCUCCGCCGCUAGGUCGCGAGCGCGCGUCUCCACCGCACAGCGACGCAGGGAGCCAGCCACUCGCACAGCUCAGGCCCGGAGCGGCGGCGGCGGCGGCGGCAGUGGCGGCGAGGCUCGCGCCCCGGAGGAGCUGGACCGUGCAGAGCCUGCGCACUUUAGAUGGCAUGGAGCCCCGGAUAUUGCACUCUAUUUAAUCUGGCAGCAAAGAAGCGAUCGGGGAUGUUCUGGGAGCAAAAGAAGCUUGGAAGAAAGUGCCCCUGACGAUCCAGGGAAGAGAGAGGAACUGCCACACAUAAAUUAAUCCCUACGAACUGCCCCCUCCCCCAAGAGUUCCACCUUUAACAGAAGACACAAAGCAGAGGGAGCAAACUCGAAGUUGAGUGAGGUAGUAUAACCAAGUGACAGGUUUCUUCCGACACUAAGAAGACAGUGGCAUCUCAGUGAGGUGAACACAGCCGAGCAAAACUGCUUACGCCAUGGUGGUCAAGAAGUAAAAAGAACAGCUCAGAGGUUAAGAGCACUGGCAGCUCUUCCAGAGGUCCUAGUUCAAUUCCCAGCAACCACAUGGUGGCUCACAACCAUCUAUAAUGAGAUCUGGUUCCCUCUUCUGGCCUGCAAGCAUACCUGCAGACAGAACACUGUGUAGGGGAAGGACUUAAUUCCCGACAUUGGCAGGUGCCUGUGGGCCUCAGCAUCUUCUGCUGUGGACAUUGAGGAUGGAAAUGUCUGCCCAGAGGUCAACUUCUAACAGAACAUCGCUGCAGUCAGCAUCUAACUCUGACUAUACUUGGGAAUACGAGUACUAUGAGAUCGGACCUGUUUCCUUUGAAGGACUGAAGGCUCAUAAAUAUUCCAUUGUGAUUGGAUUCUGGGUUGGUCUUGCAGUCUUUGUGAUUUUCAUGUUUUUUGUGCUGACUUUGCUGACGAAGACAGGUGCCCCACACCAAGACAAUGCAGAGUCCUCAGAGAAGAGGUUCAGAAUGAACAGCUUUGUGUCAGACUUUGGGAAGCCACUGGAGUCAGACAAGGUGUUUUCUCGUCAGGGCAACGAGGAGUCCAGGUCUCUUUUCCAUUGUUACAUCAAUGAAGUGGAGCACUUGGACAGGGUUAAAGUUUGCCACCAAACAACAGCCAUCGACAGUGACGUCCAACUCCAGGAAGCCAUCAGAAGCAGUGGGAGGCCUGAGGAGGAGGAGCUAAGCAGGUUUAUGAAGUUUGAUAUCCCCAACUUCGUGAACACGGACCAGAACUCCUCCUUUGGGGAGGAUGACCUGCUGAUUUCAGAACCACCUGUCCUUCUAGAAAAUAAGCCAGUUUCCCAGACCUCACGUAUAGACCUGGGCUGAGAAAUGCUUAUGGGUGCUCUCCUGGGGAUGAGUCUGUCUCUGUAUAGCAAGAAACCUCAAGCCACCCAAACUUUGUGUGUGUGUGCAUGGAGAAAGACAGAGGAAGAGGGAGGAGAGAGAGAGGAGAAUGAUGAACAGUGUUUAAAGUUUAGGCUUAGGGCUAGACCUGGGACUUAGUGAUAGAGGGGAAGGUUGGAGAUGGAAGGCACCAUUUUGUGGGUUUUGUUUUUCUUUUUUUGGGGUGGGGAUAAUGUUUUUUUUUUUUUUAUUAAAAAUGCAUUUACAGUAUUAAAGCUUCUUUAUUGAAACAAUUGGCUGCAUAUGAUCUGCCCCUGGAUGAGGAGUAGAUCACUGCAUUCUAAUCUAGCCCAUUGCCUGUAACAAGCUGCUUUACUUCUCUGGACCACCACGGCUUUACAGGUAAAGUGCCUGUCCAGAGUCGAUGACCCAUCCCAGCUUUAGCAUUUUGUGACUUUCAGACUUAGCCUUCAAGACAGGCUCAGAAAUAUAUAAGCAGUAGAAAAUAGAUCAUGGCAUCCUGGCUUUCAUCGCAGAUUCCCCAGGUCUUGGUACCUCCCCGCUCUCUGCUCAGUCCUUCUCUGAGUUGUACUUUAGUUAGGGGAACCUUUACCGGAUACCAGGAGACUCACACACACUGUGGACAGUGUUCCUGCUGAGUUAUGCUGAGCUGGUUUAUGUGAGCAACUCCACCCACCUGUGCUUUAAACCCGGGACAGCUUUGACGCCAGCAAGUACCAGCCUAAAGUAUUUCACAAGCAUUUGUGCUCUCAAAAAAGGGUAGGGCAGAUUGUCAUCUGGCUGAUGUGGGUCCCUUCUGGGUAUCCCUGUGCUCGCACUGCUAAAGUAUUUGGCUUCAGAACAAGAGGAUACUAUUUGCUGUGCUGUGUGUCUGCUUGGCAGCUGUGUAGGUGUUAGCUGCCUGGCUCGGAGCUGAGAUGAUCAGUGGUUUGUUUAUACCACGCUAACAGAUGUUCAGGACGGUGCCAUGAUGUUAAUGUGAGCAACAUGAUGUUCACUGCACAAAGGAAUCAACCCUUUGCUGGUGUCAGGACCUACUCGGUUUUGCAAAUGGCGAGUUGCAUGCAUGACCAUCUGCUAAUCUCUGGGUGGCAUCUUCUUUAGGAGUCUGUCCACCAUUUGUCUUGCCUAAGUUGCAAAAUAAAAUCAUUUGCUUGAA